AUGCGCACUCUCACUCACACUCUCACGCGCUCUCUCACGGGCACUCUCACGCGCUCUCUCACGCGCUCUAUCAAGGCGCACUCUCAGGCGCACUCUCCCGCGCGCUCUCUUGCGCUCUCUCUCCCGCACUCUCAUGCGCAUUCUCUCUCUCACGUGCUUUCUCUCGCGCACUCUCAUGCACAUUCUCUCUCUCACACGCUCUCUCACGUGCACCCUCACACGCUCCCUCACACGCUUUCUCACACGCUCUCACACACGCUCUCUCACGCGCACUCUCACGCGCUCUCUUACGCACAUUCUCUCUCUCACAAGCUCUCUCACGCGCACCUUGUCACGCUCCCUCACACGCUCUCUCACGCGCUCUCACACGGGCUCUCUCAUGCGCACUCUCACGCGCUUUCUGACGCGCUCUAUCAAGGUGCACUCUCAGGCGCACUUUCACACGCUCUCUCUCGCGCUCUCUCUCCCGCACUCUCACGCGCAUUCUCUCUCACGUGCUUUCUCUCACGCACUCUAACGCACAUUCUCUCUCUCACACACGCUCUCUCACGCGCACCCUCACACGCUCUCUCGCGCGCUCUCACACGCACUCUCACACGCACUCUCACACGCAAUCUCUCAUGCGCACUCUCACGCGCUCCCUCACGCGCUCUAUUACGCUCUCUCACGCGCUCUCUCAUGCGCUCUAUCACGCGCCCUCUCAUGCGAUCCCUCACGCACUCCCUCACGCGCUCUCUCAAGGUGCACUCUCAGGCACACUCUCAUGCGCUCUCUCUUGCGCUCUCUCUCCUGCACUCUCACGCGCACUCUCACGCACCCUCUCUCGUGCUCUCCCUCCUGCACUCUCAUGCGCAUUCUCUCUCUCAUGUGCUUUCUCUUGCGCACUCUCACGCAGAUUCUCUCUCUCACAUGCUCUCUCACGCGCACUCUCACACGCUCCCUCACACGCUCUCUCACACGCUCUCACACACGCUCCCUCACGCGCACUCUCACGCGAUCUCUCUCACGCACAUUCUCUCUCUCACACGCUCUCUCACGCGCACCCUGUCACGCUCCCUCACACGCUCUCUCACGCGCUCUCACACGCGCUCUCUCACACGCACUCUCACGCGCUCUCUGACGCGUUCUAUCAAGGCGCACUCUCAGGCGCACUCUCACACGCUCUCUCUCGCGCUCUCCCUCCCGCACUCUCACGCGCGUUCUCUCUCUCAGAAGCGAGUCCCCUCCUAG